CUGCACAAGUCCAGGUGUAUCCAAUCAAGGUCUUGGGAUAUCUAGUAUAUAAAUCAAUAUUAUGCGACAAGGAUAGAGGUAUUGACAUCAACACUGAUCUCGAAGCAAACAAAGCUUUCACCAUAAGGAACAGCUACGUUUCAGAGUCUUAACAAUGUCUUCUCCGUCCAAACUCGUCGUCUUCGGCGCGACCGGCCAGCAAGGCUCCUCGAUCCUCACCACCGUCCUCAGUCACCCGGAGCUCUCAAAGAAGUACUCCCUCCGUGGCAUAACCCGCAAUGCGUCGGGCCCAAAAGCCAUCGCACUCGCAGAGAAGGGCAUCGAAAUCGUCGAAGCGAACCUCGACGAUCCCUCCUCGCUCCCCCGCGCAGUCGAAAACGCACACACGGUCGUCCUGAUCACCGAAACCCGCUACGAGAAGGACCUCAAGGAAGGUGAAUUCCGACAGGCCAAAGCCGUUGCAGACGCAGCUGUUGCUGCUGGUGUGGAGUUUAUCAUCUUCAGCACCUCCGUGCACUGCGCGCGGCUCUGGGAUAAUGGGCCUGUUGAUCAAUUCGAUAGCAAAGCUGAGAUUGAAGAGUAUAUCCGCGGUCUACCGCUGAAGAGCACGUUCAUUGCGCCGGGGAUGUUCAUGUCGAAUUUCACGACUAUCAUGGUGCCCCGGAGGCAGGAUGAUGGGAGUUACCUUGUUGUCGGGGUGAGUGACCCGGAGACGAAGAUCCCGCUUGUUGAGACCGCUGUGGACACGGGGCUCUAUGCUGUUCCGCUCCUGAAGGAUCCCGAGGGCAUGAAUGGGAAGGUCAUGUAUGCGGCUACGAAGCUUUAUACGUUCAAUGAGAUGGUGGAGGUUAUUUCCAGGGUGUCCGGGGAGAUGGUGAGGUACCAGGCCCUUCCCAAGGAGGUAUUUGUGGGAUUCAUGAAGGAGGAAAUGGGCGCGAGGAUGGUAGCGAUGAUGAGCUUUAUUGAUGAGCCGGGGUAUUAUGGGCCUGGAACCGCGGAGAAGGUCAGGGAGACGGUGGGGUUGGUGGAGGGGAAGUUGACGACCUUUGAGGAGUUUGCGGGGAGAUACUUGACCGAUCUUGAGGCGAUUGGGGGUGGACAUUAGUUAAAUGACCUGUUUUCAGAGAGUCAGCUGCAUAUAGAUGUGCAAUUUCAUGAUCGUCAGUUGAAUGAAGGCGCAAUUCUCACCUUGAUGGAGUCAUCGAGUCC